CAAAUCUCAAUCUCUCAAAGCCAUAUAUACACAACAAAACCUGCAUCGUUUUGGCCAUCUUUCAUCUUUCAUCUUUCAUCAACAAAUCCUUCGAACAGAACCCACUUUCUUCGAUUUCUGUGCACAAUCAUGACAACAUCAAGGCGUCUUGCGGAUAAGAAGGUUGGGAAAUUUGAUAAGAACAUCACGAGGCGUGGAUCUGUGGGUCAAUCAUCAUCCACAAAGAAGGGGAACAACUAUCCUGUUGGGCCUAUUAUGCUUGGCUUCUUUGUGUUUGUUGUUAUUGGAUCAUCUCUGGUUCAGAUCAUCAGGACGGCUACAAGUGGUGGAAUGGCUUGAAGAUCUAUCUAAUACAUUGUCAUUGAUGGCUGUAUCAUUUACUUUGUUGCUUUUACAGUUUACCCUUAGAGAACCAUUGUUACUUGCCAACACAACUAAUCAAAAUAUUAUUAAUACUCAAA